AUGCAACAACUUCCAAGCCGACUGCCACAGUUUGGGGAUCGUCUACCUUUUAAACAGCUUCAACUUCCCCAACAAACAGUUUCCAGACCAGUUCGAGUGGAAACGGUCAAUGUGAAGUGCCAUUCAGACUACAUGGAGAUAGUUGUGAAGGCUGAUCUGUUUAAACUCGGUAUUCUUAUUGACAUGGAUGACCUGCGACUUGGAGUUGAACAGGACCAAGAGACCUGCAGGGCUACAGCAUCAGCAGCCGGAGAUGAAUACAGAAUAUUUGCAGCGCUAUCAGACUGUGGAACCAAGCGUUUGAUGAACAAAGACUCCAUGAUCUAUACGAACCUCCUCAGAUAUACACCCAGAGCCACACCAGAUGGGGUUAUUCGAAUGGAUGGUGCUGUAAUCCCAAUUUCUUGUCAUUAUGAAAGGAAGUACAGUUCAGACAGUGCCCCUCUCCAGCCGACCUGGAUCCCCUUCAGCGCCACAGUGUCUGCCGAAGACAACCUGCAGUUCUCCUUGAAGCUUAUGACAAGUGACUGGCUCUAUGAGCGGGGUUCUGGAGUCUACUUCCUGGGCGAUCCCAUCAACAUUGAGGCGUCUGUCAGGGUAGCUCACCACUCCAGGCUCAGGGUCUUUGUUAGCAGCUGCGUGGCCACACUGGACCCAGACAAUAACUCUUUCCCCAGAUACGUCUUCAUUGAGCAUGAUGGGUGCUUGGUGGAUUCCCAGCUGCCUGGCUCCAACUCUGGGUUCAUGCAUAGAACCCAGGAUGACAAGCUCCAGUUCCACAUUGAUGCCUUUAGGUUCUACCAGGAGAACAGGGCAGAGCUAUACAUCAUAUGCCACCUUAUGGCAAUCCCUGUCAUGGACCAUGCAGAGCCUAGCAACAAGGCAUGCUCCUUCAUUAAUGGCAGAUGGAGGUCUGCCGACUCAAAUGAUUUGCAAUGUGGCCGUUGUCCAAGCCUGAAUAGCCAGAAGGGGGUUGAUCACGAUCCAGCACGAUAUCCCCUCAGUCCAAGACAAGGCGGUAGCCAACCUUCGGGCUACCGCAUCAAACCUCAAGCCACUGGCGACCAUUGGCGGAGUGGGAUGAAGUCCAAGAAAGGUGCAGUAUCUUAA